CAACCACUUAAAACAAAAUUAAAAAUUGACUUAAAGAUUUAAUUUUCAAUGGAAUUUGUAGUGACCUUAUGUGACAUACCACUCCUCUUCUAUAAUUAUCGCGUGUUGCCGUUGAGGUUAUUUUAAAACCAAAAGUGUUCAUGCUAGUCUAAAACAUACAAUUGUUAUAUACAUAUGAUGUUAUUAUAUCUUGGUUCAUUUUGUUAUCUAACGAAUAUAUUAAUUUACGUACGCAACGGAAAUAAUAAGAUAAUAAAUUGCAAUAUAUUGUGCAUUUGUAAAUAGUUUUCCGAAACAUUUUUGAAACGUCCAGUAAGUCUCACCAUAACGAUUAUACUAAACCAGAAACGUAUGCAACACUGAACGGAACUCCGCUGUAUGUAGUCGAUUAAUUCUUGGCUACAUUUGACUAAUUAACAAACCUAACGUAAAUAAGUGUGAACGAGACGGUUGUGGCAAGCAUCCAAGAUGAAUUUGAUGUUUCGAAAGAACUUCAGUACUGAAAAGACAGUUUCGGGGGGAGGGGGUGGGGGGAAAGCGAAAGGAGCUUUGGGAGCGGGCAGGAACGCGAAACGCAGGGAUCGUGACCGCUUCUCAUGCAUGGAGGAACAUCAUUACAGAACUCAUCUGUUUUUCUCAGCACCAAGGGCCAGUACACAGUACAACGAUGGCUCAGGUAACUCUGGAAAACGAUGUGGUCCAGUACUCGGUGGUGGAACGGGGCCGGAGCUGGAGCCACCGCAGCCGCUGGUCACCAGGGAGCCUUCAGUGUCCCUGCUGCGCUGGGAGCGGCCGACCACUACAGAGCGCAGGAGAACGGAGCCGGUUUCCUUGGCAACCCUCGAGAGAGAUUGCUUCGUGAUACCGGCACAUGCCCUAGAUCGGUUCCUACCUGAUGGUGUGCCGUUGCCGGUGCCUCCUCCAACACCAGAGAAGGGAAUGGCAACGAAAACUGCUCCAAGUUCCCUGAGCGUCCUCGAAGUGGCGGACCCAAAGUUAUGCAUUUUAGCUCACCUAAUGAGUCCUCUAGAACCUAUAGAGCCUAUUCUAGAAUCUCCACUUGCCAAACCUUUGGUGAAACAGAAAGCAGCCGCUGGAGAAUUGUUAAAUGACGUAGCCCAAGCCAAUACUGCCGUAGGUGGCAUGCUUUUAGCCAAUAUGGAGAAGAAUGCUGAAUUUCCAUUCAUAUCUUACUAUGUGAUAAAUACGACACAAACUGAUCCAUUAUUAUUUUAUAACAAUAUGAGGAGUGCUUCGUUAACGAAGUUCGAUCCUAAGGCAAUACGGUAUUCUGCAGCGCAUACGUUGGAUUUAUAUAGUGAAGUUGCUAUGAUUUGUAGGCCUCCGUUUAAUGAUCUCGCUGGAGGACCUAAGAAGUCUCAUACACCGACUACUGGGUUUAUUAUCAGUGUGUAUAAGGUAUUCGAAGGAGAUGACGGCGAGCGCUUCGAAAGAAACUGGUUAUAUUGGACCGGCGCUCGUAUGCUAUACCGACAUCUGCCACACUCCGUCGGCAUGAGGAAGAUAGCCCUGCAUAAAUCAGUAGCAGCACACGGCGAUAAAAUGUACUUACUGGUUUGCGAAUGCGCCAAUUUACUUGACGAUUUGUCAGGGGCCGCCAUGUUAAUAACGGCUUUACGAGCCAGGUUGUGCGGGUACACCGGCCUUUAUAGACCAAUACAGACUUUUUAGUAGCGGGAGAUGGGCCUUAACGGCCUCACAUGUGUUUUAAUAUAGCUAAGAGAUAUCUUUUGGAAACUGAUGUAUUAUUCGGUUGUGUUCAUUGUUUAGUCUGUAAAUUACGUGUAAAAUAAAAGUUAUAUGUUAUGUUAUUUGUCUGAUCUGAAAUUAAAUCUACCUAAAUGUUAGGUAAAUGUGCUCAAGAUAAUACUGAUAUAAUAAAUGACAAACUAAUAUAUACAUCAAAACUAUCGCAUGUUUCUUUGAUUGAACGUGAUUUGAUUACAAAAUAAUUGAUGUUUUAACUUUUAAGCAUAUUUGUGUGUGAUAUAAGCAAUAAUUAUAAACAUUUUAAAUACCGAAAGGUGUUUAAUGUAAAAUAAAGAUAUCUCCUAGUAAACUGCCAACAAUAACUAGAUGUAAAAAGGACCAAAAUACUGCGUUACUCGUAAAAUUGUGUUAAUGGCAUAAAGUUAAGUAGGUACGUAUAUGAAUCCAUGUGUUGGUCUGUGCCAAUUUGGUGAAUAUCUAGUCUAGUAUUGUCUACGCCAAACCUUUAUCAAACUAAAAUCAAAAUGCUUACAAAAUAUACGUAGGUGUAAUACGAAAUUAAUAAAAUUUCGUAUAUUUCAAUUACUGUCCUCUUGCUUAUGCGUUUCAAAGGGGCUAUUCUAGUAGUUUGGCGCUGACGCUUUAAAAAUUAAAUCUGAUACUCAGAGAGCAAUUUUAGUCUAAGAAAAUUUCAAAUUUAUUCGCACUUAGAAUAUGAAGGUUGUUUAUUGAAUAGACAUUUUAAUAGCAAUAAUUAUAUGAAUAGAUUUACUUGGUAUAGACCAAUGUGCAAGGGUGAAAAAUAUUUAAUUAUGUACGUAUUUUCAUAAUUGAUUUUACUAUAACAAUAGUUUGCAUGCUAUGUAUCUAUGGUUCAUUCAUAAUAGUACUUUGUUACCUACUUUUUCUAGAACUUACGUCUAUUUAAUUAAAAACAAAGAUUUGCAGAGCAUCUUCUCAUUUUUCUUCAGUCAUACCUACUUAUGUUAUUUAUUGUUUCUUCCAUGUUUCUUAUGACUGCAUAACCUAUAAAUUUCGUAAAGUAAAGAAGUAUGGUAUCGAACAUAUCUAAUAAUGAAAACAUAUCGAAAUAUUGGUACAUUCCUAUUAUCAUUAACGUGAAUGAAAAUUUAAAAAUGAAAAUAUCAGUAUUAAAUGUAUUUACAGAAGAUUUCUAGAUUUAUUACCCGAGAUAAUUGGAAGGUUUGAUAUUUAUAAGUGUUAAGAAAAAUGAGAAUAUGCUUACUGCAAUAAUUCUAUUGGGUAGGUACCUACGUACCUAAUUAGUGCUAAGGGUACUGUAACUUUAAACUUUGAAAUGCACAAGGAACAUUUUCCGUAUCUGUUAAAAACAAAAAAUUUGAUCUUGUUUAUAUUAUCUAUGAAAUAUCCUUAAAGGAUUGGCAGAAUAUUAGCAAUAUAUCGCACCGACUGUUAUUAUUCAAAUCUACGGAAUACAUUUUGCUAUGGUGCUAACCUAGUCAAUUUAAAAUAGAAGUAGUGAUAAGGCUUGUUAGAUUUGGAUUAGGUACUUACAUUGGUAGAUUUAAUUAAUCUUGCUUACAUCACCAAG